GGCAUGCCGUGCGCGACCCGGAAGUGGCCGUGAGGCGCCGGAGCCCGAGCGCAGCGAGUCUCGCCCCGUUCCCGUUCUCUGGUUCCUGUUCCCACUCCCCUUCCAGGCUUGUCCUGGUCUUGUUCCCGGUUCCUGAUCUUGUUCCCGGUCCCGCUCCUGCCAUGGCCACCGCGCGGGCACCGGCGGCGCGCGGCGGGGCGCGGCCCCCCGAGCCCCCCAAGGCCAAGCCUGCAGAGGAGGGCGAGGCGCCCCCGGCCAAGCGGGCGCCCAUCUUCUACGGGAGCCUGGAGGAGAAGGAGCGGGAGCGCCUGGCCAAGGGCGAGGCGGGGCUGCUGGGCAAGGAGGGCAUGAAGGCUGCCAUGGAGGCUGGCAACAUCAACAUCAGCAGUGGGGAGGUGUUUGACCUCGAGGACCACAUGAGCGAGCGCCAGGCCGAGGUGCUGGCGGAGUUCGAGCGCCGCAAGCGCGCGCGGCAGAUCAACGUCUCCACGGACGACUCCGAGGUCAAGGCCUGCCUGAGGGCCCUGGGCGAGCCCAUCACGCUCUUCGGAGAGGGCCCUGCGGAGCGCAGGGAGAGGUUAAGGAAUAUCCUCUCAGUGGUUGGCACAGAUGCGUUAAAAAAGACCAGGAAAGAUGAUGACAGGUCAAAAAAGUCCAAGGAAGAGUAUCAGCAAACCUGGUACCACGAGGGCCCACGCAGUCUGAAAACAGCCAGGCUGUGGCUGGCCAACUACUCCCUCCCCAGGGCAGCGAAGCGGCUGGAGGAGGCCCGGCUGCUGAAGGAGAUUCCUGAGGCCACCAGGACAUCCCAGAGGCAGGAGCUGCACAAAUCCCUGCGGUCCUUGAAUAACUUCUGCAGUCAGAUCGGGGACGAUCGCCCGCUGUCCUACUGCCACUUCAGCCCCAACUCCAAACUCCUGGCCACGGCCUGCUGGAGUGGGCUGUGCAAGCUCUGGUCUGUGCCCGACUGCAACCUGGUUCACACCUUACGAGGACACAGCACCAACGUGGGGGCAAUCGUGUUCCACCCCAAGGCCACGGUGUCCCUGGACAAGAAGGACAUCAGCCUGGCCUCGUGUGCAGCUGAUGGCUCCGUCAAACUCUGGAACCUGGAAAGUGAUGAGCCGGUGGCAGACAUCGAGGGACACAGCAUGAGAGUGGCUCGUGUGAUGUGGCACCCGUCAGGGCGGUUCCUGGGCACCACCUGCUACGAUCACUCAUGGCGCCUGUGGGACCUGGAGGCCCAGGAGGAGAUCCUGCACCAGGAGGGGCACAGCAAGGGGGUCUACGACAUUGCCUUCCACACCGACGGCUCCCUGGCCGGCACGGGAGGCCUGGAUGCCUUUGGCCGGGUGUGGGACCUGCGCACGGGCCGCUGUAUCAUGUUCCUGGAAGGGCACCUGAAGGAGAUCUAUGGGAUCAACUUCUCCCCAAAUGGGUACCACGUAGCCACGGGCAGUGGGGACAACACCUGCAAGGUGUGGGACCUGCGGCAGAGGAAGUGCAUCUACACCAUCCCUGCCCACCAGAACCUGGUCACCGGCGUCAGGUUCGAACCCAACCACGGGAAUUUCCUGCUCACGGGCGCCUACGACAACACGGCCAAGAUCUGGACCCACCCUGGCUGGUCUCCGCUGAAGACGCUGGCGGGGCACGAGGGGAAGGUGAUGGGCCUGGACAUCUCCCUGGAUGGGCAGCUCAUUGCCACCUGCUCCUACGACAGAACCUUCAAGCUCUGGACAGCAGAGUAGCUCAGUGGGGCCAGUUAUGGACUGGGAUGGGGACACUGCUUUUUUAUAUUAAAAAACAAAAUAGGAA